GAAACUUCAAACAUUGCAUUCAUUCAGAGGCUAUAACAAACGAGCUGUAUUGACAAAAUGCCAUUCGUGUAGUGUCGGCGGCUUGCGUGGAUCACCUUGCUAGCUGGUGACUGAUUGUGGAAGAUUAUCAAAUAUAAAGUCGAAGAUGUGUGCCGAAGUACCAAUUCUUCAGCCAUUGCUGCCAACUUAUUCCGACUACCUACCUGGCAAAACUCUUUCAGAUGUAAUGAUGCUACCACAUACCUACCAACCUGCAAAGCUUGAGGAGUGCUGGAAAAUUUGCGUGGAAUACAGAGUGUAGAAUGACAAUUCUGAUUAUAGAUGGUUUACUGACUGGCUAAGGUUAGAGUACAACUUUCACAAUGAAUAGCAAUAAUAGGAAUAGAGUGGAGUUGUUUUAAGAGACUUAGUUACAAGCAGGCUGGAAUGAUGUUUUCAGUAUGCAGUGCAGGGAUUAUCAGCCAAAACAGUAAUGUAUACCAAAUAUAGAGCAUGUUGCGUCCUCCGCAGUGUAGCUCUCUGGCGAGCAUAUAAACUUUGCUAUAUGGCAAAUAACGCAUUGAGUGACAAAACCUCUGCAAGUAUACAUAAUACUUGGUAAGUUAGAUAGUUAUUGCAGAAAUGAUUUUAUUGCUGUGUGGUGCAGACUGCAUUGUAAUAUUGUAGUAAAAGUCGUUUCUAUGGCCCAGAGCUAAUCUUCAUUCUUGCGCAAGUGAUAGUAUGUUUGUGUUCAUAUAUAGAAGUGGAGCACAUACACACUUUCUAUAGUUGCACGAACUCUGAGCGUGAAUUCAUUUCAGGACAAUUGUUCAUCGUACAGUGUACGUACAAGUGUGUGUGUCCGUAUUUUGUAUUACCAGUUAUGUAACACUUAGUGUACGCUUCUAUUAUUCAUGACUUUUGUGGUAUUCUUGAGUGUUGGAUUGUUAACUGCCCUUGUUAGCUCAGGAGAAUAGUUUUCUCACUGGACGUGUUUGCUGCAUGUGUUAGCAGAGAGACUAGCAGCAGAUUCUGAGUUUCACAUGUUAGCUUCAACCGUGCAGUAAAGGCAACAGCUACUUAGCAAUAUCUCCAGUCAAAACUUUGCUGAGUGGUUUCCAAGGAUUUCCUGGUACUUGCAGCCAGUGGCCUUGAAAAGUCUGUUUCCUCAAAACACUGACUCCGAGAUAAGCGCUAAACUUCCUUUAUGAAAAUGGUUUCUUGUUCUCUACCAAGGACCCUAUAAACCACAGUGUCUGUCUGCUUCAGAAUGAUGGACGUGGAGACUGCCAACUCUACUGCUGCAAAGGGUGGUUCUGGCUUGCCCAGGAUCUUUGCUGCAGCCUCAACCUUUGUUUCUUGCCUUGCAUUGGCUGGUGUCUUCGUGCUGGUACUGCAGAAUCAGAAGCUGCAGUCCCAGAUGGACGGUUUACAACAGGCACCACAAUCUGCCGACAGCAGGCAAAAUGAUGCACAGAAAGAAAUUGCACGGAGAGAAGUCCAUGACAUGGUACAGAGUCAUCUCAGGGCUGGUCGUGCAACGGCCACUUCAACCAGCUACAAUUGUCCACACGAGAGAACUCAUUCAUUCUUCAAAGAUUGUACUGAUUCUCCACGGACCCCGGGCUCUGUGCCUUCGGCCCAUAUUGUCCCAGAUAGCUCAAAGUCUCUAUGCUAUGUGGAAGAUCCAGGAGUGAAAUAUUACUCAAAUAUCACCGUCGGUUGGUCCUGUGGCUUGACAAUUCCUAUGCCUUUCCCCGGUUACGUGAGUGGAGGGAUGGUGUUCAAUCGCACAACAGGAGAACUCAUUGUCCCUGUAAAAGGCGUAUACUUUAUCUACAGCCAAGUCCACAUGGAGGUGACCAACACCAGCAACUUGAUGUGUGCAGGGACCCAGACUAUCAUUGCCCACAGCAGGGAAGCUGUCGUCCGACCAUUUCAAUGCUCAGCGAAGUUCUCACCGAUUUAACGUCGGAGCCGUUUUAUCACGGCGGGCUGUUUCGUCUGAAUGCCAAUUCGACCAUCAGGAUUGCCGCUUUCGGCCGCGUGAAUGGUACACACGUCAGCUCCCUGGCUUACAAGACAUAUUUGCAAACACUUUUAUGGGGGCAUUUCUGGUGCAGGAAAUAGAGGAGUCUCCUGGACGAGGUCGCUCCUAAAAAUCGAACAAACACUCAUAAUCUCGUUUUUCUUGGUCCAUUGUGAAGUCGCCCUUACUACUACUCUUUGUCUUUGUUCUCGACUUUCCGUCUAAGCCACACUCUAAUCCACACUGAUGGCUCUACGCUAGAGCGAAUAAUGUGUUUGCUCUCUAUGGGCACAUGAUAUCCACAUGCAACUGGCUACAUAGCUUUUGAUACUCCUAUAUACUUCUCAGUGUUUUGAGUACUGAUGACCUAUCCAAUCAAAUUUUGAUGUGAUGUGACCUGUAUAAUCAAUUUAUGUAUAACAUUUAUCAACAGUUUAUACAAAACAGCUACAACUUUACUAGACAUGGAGAGAUACAUGCACACACACACUCAAUUUUAAACUUGUUGAGUUACGAUGCAGCAUGUGAAAUGUGUUGCUUCACGAUUUCUCUCGCGGAGAGCGGGACCACGUGUGCCAUGCCAGGUCUGGCAAAGUAGACCGACUGAUGCUGGUCUGAAACAGUCCUCUCCAGCCACGCUUUCUGCCUCACAGGACGCGGCUUGCCUCCCCUUUCCUCCUCUCUACCGUUGCUGGCUGCAGCGUGGUGUGACUGCCCGUUGAGUCUCACCUGACCCCAACCUCCUCCGCUCCUCUCCAGUUCCUCAAUCGGAAGUGGCAUGGGUGGUCUUGACUGGAGACGUGCCUCGUCAACAGUGAGUCCGUCCGACUGCGACCGUUGGCGUAGCUGAUGCAAUCGCUCGGCGACCGACAGUGGGGCUUCUGGUUUAUCCUCGUGAUCUGCGCCAGGUCUUUGCGGGAGGAAUGCCCCGUCAUCAGAGCCCCUUCGGCUGUUGUUUCUCUUCCAGACUGGUUCGCGUCGUUCCCACACACGCUGCUGUUGCUGCUGUGGUACUGAGCUCACUGAUGCACUGCUCUCAGACCUUGCUAUGGAGGGUGCUCCCCUAGGUUCAUUCUCUCCACUCCCGCGCCUCCCGUAGCGCAUCGGUUUGUGAUUAAGUCCCCCCACGAUCUUUUUCUCGUCUUUAAUUGGCACGGGGGGAGGCGGAGG